GCGGCGGCGGCAGCAUGGCGCGGCGGGGAGCCCGCUCCGGCUCCGGCUCCGGCUCCGGCUCCGGCUCCGGCUCCGACUCGGAGGACUCUUCUCUCUCGGACUCGGAGCUCCAGGAGGCCUUCUCCAGGGGCGAGCUGAAGCCGGGGCUCAACGUGGUGCUGGAGGAGCGGCCGAAGCGACGCAACGACACGAACGGCUUGAAGCAGUGCCUGUCCGAAUUCAGAAAGCAGCUGGCUUGGAUAGAAAGGCUGGAUGUGACUUUGGGCCAGGCCGUGGACUCCGUUUCCCAGAGUGAUUCUGACAAGGAUGCUGUUGACGCUGAGAACGAUUUCCAGAGAGAAAUGACCUUCUACCGGCAGGCUCAGGCUGCUGUCCUGGAAGCCCUCCCAAAGCUGCACAAGCUGCACAUUCCUACUCGAAGGCCAGAUGAUUACUUUGCAGAGAUGGCCAAAUCAGACCAACAGAUGCAGAAGAUUCGACAGAAGCUCAAGAGUAAACAGGAAGCAAUGGAGAGGUCUGAGAAGGCGAAACAGCUCCGUGCAAUGAGAAAAUAUGGCAAGAAGGUGCAAACUGAGAUUCUGCAGAGAAGACAAAAGGAGAAAAAAAAUAUGUUGAAUGCAGUCAAGAGAUACCAGAAAGGUCUCUCUGACAAGCUGGAUUUUUUAGAUGAAGAACAGACGACAUCCCAGGGGAAUAAAAAAGGCAGUGCAAGUCAACGGAUAAAGAAGGGACCAAAUGCCAAGAGACGAUACAAGAAUCAGAAGUUUGGUUUUGGUGGAAAGAAGAAGGGCUCGAAGUGGAACACAAAGGAGAGUGUUAAUGACGUAUCCAGCUUCCGGUCGAAAGUGGCUCACAACAAAGGCCCAGGAAAAGGAGGAAAAAAAGCCCUCAAUAAGAGACCUGGGAAGAGAGCAAGGCAGAAAAUGAAGAACCGAGCACGCUGAGAGGACUGUGCUCCCCAGUGGGGUUCUUGUGUCUCUGUGUUGCAAGAUAUGUUUCUGCAUAUCUUUCUGUGGAGCAAGCUGGAUGCUUCCAAGUGGCAAGAAAAAAGUCAGUGGAAACUAGUGCCUUAUCACUAAUUUCUUCUUGCUUUCUGUUUUGUUGAAGGGUUGUUUUCUACUGAAACCUUUGGUGUGUGAAUACAUUAAAUGGUUUGCACAGAACUGUGUCUAAUUCAUGUUUAGCUGUGUUAUGAAUGGUGGCUGAAGCCUGCCCUUUGUUCCCUUUAUACUGACAGCUUUUUCCACAGCUAAUGUUGACAUGUAUGUGGUGAACUUGAGUUCUGGGUCAUGUUGCUGGUGUCAGAAUAAAAAGUCUGAAGCCUGCCAAGAAGUUAAAGUGGUUUUCAGGCUAUUCACAUAGAUGGCUUUUGGAACAAGAAUGAGACAAAUGCAACAAUCUUACAAGUAGGUUUAUUUCUGUAACUAUUGUCAGGCUGCAAAUCCCUUUUCUUGCUGUCUUCUCUUGCCAGAAAUCUGCCAGACUCACCUAACAACAAGCAGGGCCUAACACAUUAGAUGCCAUUAGCUACUUCUGUCUAAGUUGUGUGGCUUGACCACUCCACUACUGCAGGUGGUUGGAGGUUGUUGGGCUGCUCCUCCCCGUGCCCCACAGCAACCGUUUAUUUAGUGACCUCGGUUUUCCGGCGUGGGAAGUAGAGUCUGCAAUCGGUACGGUCUGUCUGAAUCUGGGAAGGAAAAAUGGUCAAUGGUCAUAUGCUUCUGCUAGAAUCAGUAGUAGUAGUCCCUCCUGAGAGGAGUGAUGCACAGUGUUCUUGCUGCUGAGAAAUGCCCAAAUGACAAAUGAGGAGGGUACCACUUUUUUGAGAAUAUACUGUUCACUGGUGAAAAAGGAAAACAGCGUGUGAAGCAGCAUGGGGAGUCCUGACUCUACACAUGUUACUCGCUUCCCUUCACACAAAUGUUGUUGCCUCUUUGUACCAGCCUAAUCCUACCAGCAGUAUCUAACAGCAUAAGGCCCUGCUGGGCGCUAGCCUUGUUAUGAGUAACUGAAAUGUAAUGUGAAAAGUUGCAGAAGACUGACUUGUUUUCUUACUUAAGUUUUCUUUGUAACAGGCCAAAAUUAAUCAAGCCCUCAUUUGCCUCUUUCAGAACACUCAAAUCUUCUAAGUCAGUCAUUGUCACAGCUGUUCAUUUGUCAGACAUGAUUGAUGUCUUGCCUUGUUAAUGAGAUUUCUUUUCCUCCUGUUUAAUCACGCUUCCCCAGAUGAAUCCUCACUGGUGUAUUCGGCCUCGGGUUUACUUAGCUGAUGAUUGAUUUUAUCAUUCUGCUUGCAGUUUGUUUGAAAGAUACUGUGCAGCAGCACAUUUCUUUUCACAGUACUUAUGUAUGUCACUUCAGAUUGCUCACGAUGCCAUUUCUCAUGGCCUUAAUAAACAGGCAUGACUACAUAUGUGGCAUUUGGCAAUA